AUGGACGCACAGGUGAGCUGCUUCCUGGAAGGAGGCGGGACUCCACCUGAAGCUGGACAGAGUUCAGAGCACCCAGCCUUUUUAGCGUCUCUGGGUGGGGUGCUGGAGGGUGCACCACCUGGAGACUCUGUUGGCCUACUGGGAGACUUCAGUGCUCAUGUGGGCAAUUACAGAGGCUUUUCUGAGAAUGUGGUCAAAGCCUCCAACAAAGCUCUACUGAGCAGCUGUAAUGUCUCAGAGGAAGGCUGUGAAAAUUUGUUGUCGGUGGUCAGCUCCCAGUCCUGUAUUCUGAGAGAGCUGGACCUGAGUACCAACAGCCUGAAGGCUUCAGCAGUAAAGCUUCUGUCUACUGCAGUGGAGAGUCCACAUGCCAAACUGAAUAUUCUGAGACUUAACAUCUGUGAACUCUCAGAGGAAAACUGUGAAGCUCUGUCCUCAGUUCUUAGCUCACAGUCCUCUAGUCUGACAGAGCUGGACCUGAGUAUCAGAAAGCUGCAGGAUUCAGGAGUGAAGCUUCUGUCUGCUGGACUAAAAAGUUUAAACUGUAAACUGAAUACUCUGAGACUGAGUGGCUGUAACCUGUCAGAGAGAAGCUGUGAAACUCUGUCCUCAGUUCUUAGCUCCCAGUCCUCCAGUCUGAGAGUGAUGGACCUGAGUAACUCUGACCUGCAGGAUUCAGGAGUGAAGCUUCUGUCUGCUGGACUAAAGAGUUCACACUGUGCAGUGGAAACUCUCAGGUGCCAAGGAGAGAUGGGUCCUCCACACCGUGUCAUUGUGUCCAUUCAGCUUGCCUUGCUUGAGAGUUUUUACCAGCAGCCUAUACAAAGUUUUUCCAGAGGCCCCUUCCAGGGACACCCCCGCAACAUCCACAUUAUCCAGUAA